AUGCCUGCGAAGCCACCCAAAGCUGCAGGCACAAUGUCCAAAGCCAAAGGCAAAAAAAAAAAGACACAAGGGCAGAAGGGGAAUCUGCCUCCGCGACCAGAUCUCAGGUCUUACCCCAAACAUCAGGGUCCUCUGCCCAAGCCCGGGUGGUACACACGCUGUUCUGUGGAUGACCAGAUCGACGCUUGUGCCAGGAAGCUGCGUGAUUUUUCUCUACUGACUAGGCCAAAUGGACUGCCUCCUCGCAUUCUACUGGAGGCGUCCGGGUCCCCGAGACUUGCACUGCGCUCCAGCUCUUCCCGGUCUGAUGCGGUCCCGCUGCAGCGGCAGGCUGCGACUUCCUCCUCACCAGGGUCGCCGUUUGGAAGGCCUAAAACUGCUAUCUCUCCACAGGACCCAUCUAAUCGUUAUCGCUUGGAAAGACCUACCUUGAGUGACAGAGCGCCCAAGGCUGUUCUGGCGGCUAGAACGCCAGCUGCGGCGAUACGCAUCCCUCGUUCGGUGGAAGCAGCGGCGAUCAAAAUGGAAACAAGCGCUAUGCAGACCAAGACUGGCGGAAGCUUGCCUUGCGAUUCACAGACGCAAGCGACUGACGCGCAGUGGGCAAAUGCGGUAACGGUGGACGAUGUGAAGGCGUUGAACAUUGCAGGAGAUCCGCGAUACCUCGAGAUGCAAGAGUUUGUGUCACGGUGUGCAGAACGAGUGAGCCAAGCGGGCGGGGGUGGCCCUGGAUUGGAGCCGACUCCUGACGGUUUCUCUGCGGUACCACCAACUCGACGUUUCCGCUUGGAGGCGCGGUGGAUCCCGAAGCAGCCAUCAGCAAACGACGGGAACAGAUGUGACGGGUAUUCACCGAAGGCCUCCGAAUUAUUGCCAGUGGUGGAACCUCCCGUAUGGGGAAAUCCGCCUUCAUCUCUGUCCCGUGGAGGAGGUUCUGGCACAAGUUGUAGGCGCCGUACGGCAUUUUGGAAUCCCAAGUCAUACCAGCACACUGGUAGUACUCCUAGAACAGCAGUUGCAGAGCCAUAUACACAGGCAUUCUUUGCUGAACUCGAAAACCGUCUAAGAGAGGUCCUCUCUUGCCGCAACACAAAGUUCCGUCUCUCUCAAUUGGACAGCGUCUAUGCGUGGUUUCAACGACAACGGCCUCGUUCUGCAGCCACCGCGUCAAGUGGUGCGGGUCCCCCUCGCGACUGUGGAGGAACAGACAAUCGUCCGAACUGGACAGUGACAGAUGCGCUCUCGACAGACCCAUCGGACCUUCCACCUGCGUAUCCUCCUCCGGAGCUGCCUUCCCCCAGUGAUGCGUUUGACGCUUCCGCACUUGCUUCGUGUAGAGGUUCCGCCUUUUAUGACCCACAAAGACCGAGGAGAGGUUCGAAUGGAGGUUUCGCCUCCCGGAACAACUCCACAGAUAAUCUAGACACCGCGGGGAAUUUCCGACUUCCUCUUGCGCAGGAUAGACUGCUCGGCAGGCAGAGAGAAAGCAAGAGAUCAAGUGCGUCAGGCUCCAUUUGCAACUCGCGUCGAUCCUCUGUUUUGCCAGCAUCGAAGGGUAACAGACGUAGCCUCGAAGACGCCGUUUCUGUCGCCGAAAACCCUGACGUGGAAGCGUGUGGUUCUAAGGCAUCUCGCGACCUGACUGAUGAAGGCAGAGUUCAUCAAGACAGAAGGCACGCCGGCAGUAUUAGUGCGGAAGAGCCAUCUUUUCUUGAUUUUCUCCAAAGUCAUGCUCCACUCGUUUCCCCCCAAGAUUACCUCCUGGAGCUAGAAACGCGGGACCUCCUUCCGCAGGGGAACCCCGAGGAUUUUAUCAGCGCUAGACGCGCUCUCAUGCUUGAUCAACUGAGCUCCCCUGUCGGAGUUUUCACUUCUCGGAAAGAGAAAGCAACAACGUCUGCCCCAGGGAGAGAGUAUGCUGCCGACCGGGCCUCUGUGGCAGCGCCCGAUAGGUCCGGGGCAACGGAGACAGAAGCUAGAACAAUGACUCAAACGUGGGCUGCAAGCUGCCACCGGAAAUAUCGAGGGGAUUUGCAGCAGAGAUACAUCCAAGAUCUACGGAAGAUCCGGCCCCCCUGGGGCAUGAAGAACAUUCACGUCAAUUCUCCCUCAGCAACAGGCGAGGGGAAAGUGUCUCUCAGCAACUCUCCUGCACGGUGGCCGCGGAAUCACGUUGAGAGGCCAGGACGCCUCCCGCGGCAGACCUUUGCUGGUAAAAUGAGCGAUCUCGCGAACCCGAAAAGAAGAUAG